AUGGCCACUCAGCUCCCCGCUGCGCUCAAGGCAGCAGACAUCUCGCGCUUCGCCCACCGCGCGGCACAGCUUGAGAAGCCCAAGCCUAUAAUAGCAUAUUGGUGUGAAUACUGGAUCAUUAACCAGAUCCUAACCAAAGGCUUACACAACACCGAUCAAGAAUGUCUGGCGUAUACCACAACCUUGAUGGACAAGCUCGAACAGUUCAAAUCCGAGCACGUCGAAGAAGCCGCCGUCACCGACGAUGUCGCUGGUAAAGCAUAUGUCGAACAAUUCGGCCUGGAAACAUUUGACAGAGCCGAUAACGCAAUACGCGCGAACAAAGCCUCAAGACAGACAGCCGACACUUUCCAGGCAUCAGCUACGUUCCUCGAUUUACUCCAGAUAUGGGGCCCGGUCGAGCCAGAGAUCGCCGCGAAAGUCAAAUAUGCAAAGUAUCAUGCCCUCAGAAUAGCCAAAGCACUGAAGGCAGGCGAGGAUCCCAACUUGUCCAAUCCCAAGCCACAGACUCCAGCCGAAGACGCUCUCCCUGAGCUAGAUCCAAACGACGCAGAUGUGCAAGCACUGGAGGGAAAACCGACAAAACCACGGCAGCCGUCGGUGGUCGAGGUUCCUGACGAGGCUGACAGGAUCCAAAAGACCCUUGCCCAGAGAUCUCUUCAAGAUGAAUCACUGCACCCUUCAAGAGAAACGUCGAUGCCGCCGCCGACAAAGAAGGGUCGACAGCCAUCUGUCGUCGAAGUCCCCGACGAGGCAGACCGUGUACAACAUCGGCUCGCUCAACAGUCGGUCACGGAUGAAUCUCUCCAUCCCUCGCGUGCGCCGUCACUGCCGCAAUCUCCAGGAGACGAUGUAUCUCCAAUCGCCGCACAAGAUGCAGCAGCUUUCUACGGGAACCAGGCUGAAUUGACCGACGUCUCGCCCCUAGACCCACCCACGGAACGAAAGCCCUCGGUCGGAGGCAACUACUUUCCUCGCAUACCAUCUCCACCCGCCGAUCCAGCACCCAGCCUGCCCUCCUCUCUCACAGAUGUUGGCGGUCCUCCUCCAGAACUACCGUCGGCACCGACCGACGUGGAUAUGCAGCUUGGAGGACACAGUACAAGUGCACCUUCUGACUUGCCAGGCCCUCCUCUAGAUCCGACCUUGAUGCGAGGCCGAGACGGCCUCGCCGCACUCAACCACCAUCACCGGCAAUCCCCUCCACCGCCACCACAUCGGCAUGGCCAAUUCCUUCCACAAGUCGACCCAGGUCAGACACCUCAGAUACCACCCAAUUUCCAACCUCAAGUUCCACCGCCCCAAGUUCCUCAGGUCCCGCCUCAGCUUCGCGAACUCAAGGGACCUGUGCCCCCAGUGCCACAUUCGCAAGCUCCGCCACCAGCUCAACCAACAUCUGCCGCACCGUCGCCGGUUGCCAACACUGGUGAAAUCGACGAUCAAGCAAUGAUGAAGGCACAGAAACACGCACGGUGGGCCAUUUCAGCACUGAACUUUGAGGACGUGCCCACCGCGGUUCGAGAGCUACGAGAAGCGUUGGCUACCUUGGGUCAGAGAUGA